AUGUCUGUUGAACAAAUGAAUGAAGCCUUUGAUACCAUCCUUAUUUUGGAUUUUGGUUCACAAACUUCUCACUUAAUUGCUCGUCGUAUUCGUGAGUUUGGUAUCUAUUGUGAACUUUUACCUUGUACACAAAAGAUGUCCGAGUUACAUUUUAAGCCAAAGGGUAUCAUCUUGUCUGGAUCUCCCUAUUCUGUUUACGAUCAUGAUGCUCCUCGUGUAGAUCCUGCUGUCUUUGACGCUGGUGUCCCAGUCCUCGGUAUCUGUUAUGGUCUUCAAGAAAUGACCAAUCUUAUGGGUGGUAAAGUUGAAGCCUGUGAUCACCGUGAAUAUGGUUAUGCUAUGUUGGAUAUUCUUCGUUUCCCUGAUCAUCCUUUUGCUGACAAACUCUUGGAAGGUAUUGUCAACCCAUCUCAGGUUUGGAUGUCUCAUGGUGAUCAAGUCACAGCCAUGGCUGAGAAUUUCAAAGUCAUCGGUACAACCAAGACAGCUCCUUUCGCUGCUGUUGUUCACGAACAUAAACCUUUUUACGGUAUUCAAUUCCAUCCUGAACUCUCUCACACCGCUUGUGGCAAGGAUAUUCUUCGUAACUUUGUUCUCAACAUCUGUCAAGCUAAUGCCUCUUGGACUAUGGAAGAAUUUGUAGAAAAGGAGAUUGCUCGUAUUCGUAAGAUUGUUGGCCCUACAGGUCGUGUGAUUGGUGCUGUCUCUGGUGGCGUUGAUUCCACUGUUGCUGCUAAAUUAAUGCAUGAAGCCAUCGGCGAUCGUUUCCAUGCUAUCCUUGUCGAUAAUGGUGUGAUGCGUCUUAAUGAAUGUGAAAACGUCAAGAAGAUGUUGGCUGAUAAGAUGGGUAUCAAUCUCAAGAUUGCUGAUGCCUCUGAUCUCUUUUUGGAUCGUCUUAAGGGUGUCACAGACCCUGAAAAGAAACGUAAAAUUAUUGGUAACACCUUUAUUGAAGUCUUUGAAGCUGAAGCUGCUUUAGUCGAUAAGGAAUGCGGUGGUACUAUUGAAUAUUUAUUGCAAGGUACCUUAUAUCCUGAUGUCAUUGAAUCCAUCUCCUUCAAGGGUCCCUCUGCUACUAUCAAGACACAUCACAAUGUCGGUGGUCUGUUGGAGGACAUGAAACUCAAGUUGAUUGAACCUCUUCGUGAGCUCUUUAAGGAUGAAGUACGUGCGUUGGGUAAGAUUUUAGGUUUGGAUGAUGAAUUAGUCUGGCGUCAUCCUUUCCCUGGACCUGGUAUUGCUAUUCGUGUUCUUGGUGAAGUCACUCGUGAACAAGUUCAAAUUGCUCGUAUGGCUGAUCAUAUCUAUAUCGAAGAAAUCAAGAAGGCUGGUUUCUAUCGUCAAAUCUCUCAAGCUUAUGCUGCCCUUUUACCUGUAAAAGCCGUCGGUGUUAUGGGCGAUAAGCGUACCUAUGAACAAGUGAUCGCUUUAAGAGCUGUUGAGACCUCUGACUUUAUGUCUGCUGAUGUUAUGAUUGGUGCUGAAUGGUUCUUGACCUUGAAGCGUAUUUCUUCCAGAAUUAUUAAUGAAGUGAAGGGUGUUAACCGUGUUGUAUAUGAUAUUAGUUCUAAGCCUCCCGCUACCAUUGAAUGGGAAUAA